GGCGGUCUCACAGACACAGUAGGCAAAACCGGCAAAGGCCUCACCGAUACCGUGGGCAACACCGUCCAAGGCGUCGGAAAGGGUGCCAGCGAUACUGUUGGCUCUGCUACCAAGGGUGUUGGCGAUACUACCAAGGGUAUGUUGAAGAAUUAUUGA